AUGGACCCAGUUGAUGUUGAUGCUUUAAAGUGUUCUUCAGAGGUGGUAGUGGGUGAUCCUGAUUGCUUGAAAAUAAAAAAGCCGCAAUUCGGUUUGCUGAUUGCGCCUAUUAUAACCAGUAAGGCACAUGCUAAUGACAUUGAUGAGCAGGUAAUUGCAGAUUUUGACGCUACACUGACAAGGUACUGGAUUGAUGGCUGUCGAGGACAAAGCAGUCAUGGCCUUCUGCAACAGGGGAAUCCUGAAUAUGAUGUCAAGAGGCAGAAACUAUAUGACUAUUAUCAUCCACUAGAAUUCAACCCAACAAUUCCCCUUGAUGAGAAGACAAAGCUCAUGGAAGAAUGGUGGGAAAAAACCCAUGCUCUUCUUAUUGAAGGAGGCCUUACAUAUGAUGCAAUUAAGAAUUCUGUGGCUAGUGCCACAAUUGCAUUCAGGGAGGGUGUAGUUGAACUUUUUGAGUUCCUGGAGGAGAGAGAUGUUCCUGUGCUUAUAUUUUCUGCAGGACUUGCUGAUACCAUAGAGGAGGUCCUUCGACAGAAACUCCAUAGAUCUUUCAAAAAUGUUAAGAUUGUAUCAAACCGGAUGUUAUUUGACCAGAAUGGUCAGCUAGUAUCUUUUAAAGGGAAGACAAUUCAUAGUUUGAAUAAGAAUGAGCAUGCUCUUGAUAUGUCUGCACCUUUCCAUGACCGAUUGGGUGAAGAUGAUGGGCCUAUUGAUGACAAUGCCUCGGUAAAGAAGAGAACCAAUGUGCUUCUCCUCGGUGAUCAAUUUGGGGACUUGGGAAUGUCUGAUGGUUUGAGCUAUGAAACACGUAUUUCUGUGGGAUUUCUGUAA